ACAGCCAUUGUCAUUAAGGGGGAAGCGUGGAUCACGGGGAGAGGUGCUGCUCUGUCCGUCUAGUCAUGGGGCCCGUCUGGCAGCUGUCUGCUCUCGGUCUGCUCGCCGCCUUCGUCUCUGCGGAUCUAUCGCUGUUCCAACAACGUGCUUUUGUGAUGCCAGAGAGGAUCUACAGCCACUGUUUCCACUGGGGAACAAAUAAAAGUCCCAAACUGCACUCCCUGUCUGCGGGCAGCACCAGUGUUGGGCCCAGUCACACACUAGAGGCACUCAUUGAAGGAGCCGACAGCUUCAAGUCGGAGUUUGACCUGCGGACCCUGGACCCGGAAGGGGUGCUGUUCUCUGGAGACACGGACGAGGGGGACAACUGGUUCGUGCUGGCGUUGAGGGGGGGUCACCCCGAGAUCCAGAUCAGCAACAAAUAUUGCAACAUCACCGUGCAGUCUGGAGACCAACUCAGCGACGGCCAUUGGCGAAGGAUCAAGGUGACGAGUACCAAGAACAGCAUCCAGCUGUUAGUGAACCAGCAGCCAUCUCUUUCCAUCACCAUCUUGCCCAGCGUGGGCCUGGAGGGGAGCAUGGUCAAAAUCCGUAUAGCCGUGGGCAACCUGCUCUUCAACGAGUCCAAGCUCCUCAUGCCGGUCAAACAAAGAUUGGACGCCUGCAUCUCCAACUGGGACUGGCUGCAACAGAACACCUCGUGGCUGGACAAGAAGGUCUCCAGUAAUCCCAACAUCCAAUGCCCCACCAGCAUCAUGUCUGGAACCUUCUUCCAAGGAUUGGGAAUGGCUGUCUUCAAGACCAGUGGUUUCUGGAAUGUUUCGGAGUCUCUGGAGGAGUGGGUGUUGCGGUUCGAGGGGGUGAUCCGACCAACUAAACACAGCGGGAUGGUGUUGGCGGUCCUGUCCGAGAGUUACAGCCGUCUGCUGCAGCUGGACUUUGUGAGGAAGGACAUGACGGAGGUGUUCCGAUUGAGUCUGGGAGGAACGGAGCUGGUGGAGUUUCCGGGACCCAGCCAGCUCUGCCAGGGGCAGCCUCUCUCGCUCACUGUGUCCGGGGAGGAGGCCACUCUGGCCAUCGGGGACCAGCUGCAGAGCCAGCCGCUGGGGCCCGGACUUUUCGCCUCCCUCCACAAUGCCUGGUUCCACACCGACGCUCUGAUCUUCUUUGGGGGGCUCCCGGCGUUGGAGAGUAUGGGCUACAACUGGUCCUACUACCAGGGUUGUAUGCAGGGGCUGAAGCUGCAGGAGCAGCCUGUCGACUUCAACCGGGCCUACUUUGCUGACGAGUCCAUCUCCACCCACAGUUGCCCAUCACCUGUAGCGUAGCCUGGCCAUCGCGGGUUGCCUGGCUGCCUGGACCCCUUCCCCCCCUACCCCCACCCUCAAACCCACCCACC